CAUAAACUAAAACAACCACCCCUCCACAGUAUAUAUCUAUAAAACCCCAUAUCGAUGUACAUCGACCUCCCUUCAAUCCCUUCCUAGUUUCCUUACAUACCAUAAAUCAAUUUUUAACCACACAAGUGGACACCAUGAUCCCACAACGCCCCCUCCCAUCAAAAGAUGCCCUCAAACAAUUCUACCUGCGUAAAACCCUCGCUGAAAUCCCCAAGCCCGCCGCCGUCCUUGACCUAGCCAUCAUCAAACGCCACUGCAACUCAAUGCUCCAGACAAUCCAAACCCUAGGUGUAGGCUUUCGUGCCCAUGUCAAAAGUCAUAAAACAACCGAACUGUCCCGUCUCCAAGUCGGGACCUCAUCACCCGAAAUCAACUUCGUGGCCUCCACACCCCUGGAAAUCGAGAAUCUGGUUCCCUUGUUGAAAGAGUUCCAGUCCCAAGGCCACAGGGUGAACGUCCUGUAUGGGAUCCCCCUCGUCCCAUCCCAGGUUUCCCGGCUGGCCCUUGCAGCGGCAGAACUUGGGCCGGACAGCGUCUCGGUGAUGAUUGAUCACCCCGACCAAAUCAGGUUUCUGGACACCUUUGCCCGGAUUGCGGGGUUCGCGGCGGGUGUGUUUCUUAAGAUUGAUUGUGGGUACCAUCGGGCUGGGUUGCCGCCGAGGGCGAUGGACAAGGGGGGUUUAUUGUCGAAACUGGGGGAGAUGGAGAAGACGGGAGUGGGGAGAUUAGUCGGGAUUUACUCGCAUAGUAGUUUGAGUUAUGGGGGACGGAGUAGGGGGGAUGCGCUCGGGCAUUUGAGGGGGGAGGUUGAGGCUUGUUUGCUUGCGUUGGAUUCCUAUGCGGGGGUCUUGCCCGUGGAUAGGGAGUUGGUUGUUAGUGUUGGUGCGACACCGCAGGUUGUUGCUGCGGAGUCUGUGGCCGAGGGGGAUGAUGCUGAGUUUGAGAAGCUGAGGAAGUUUCUGAAGGAGCCGGAUACAGGGGCGUUUAAGGGACGGGUCAGAGUUGAGUUGCAUGCAGGCAAUUACCCGUUGCUGGAUAUGCAGCAGAUGAGUACGAAUGCGGGGGGUGUGCGGGAAAAGUUCUUUGAUGAGGUGGGUGUUUGUGUGGUGGCCGAGACUUGCAGUGUGUAUAAUGAUGGGGAGCGUGAGUAUCCAGAGGCGUUGGUUGCCGUGGGCACUUUGGGGAUGGGGCGGGAGCCUUGUCCGAAUUAUAAAGGAUGGGGUGUUGUUGGACCUUGGGGCUUGCCAGCCACCCAGCAGGGGGAUCGUUUGUUCAUUGAUCGGAUCAGUCAGGAGCACAGUAUUCUGAGGUGGGAGUCGGAGGAUGUUGUAAAGAAGAUCCCCCUGAGUGUUGGCCAGACUGUCAAGAUUUAUCCCAACCAUGCGUGCAUAACGGGUGCGAUGUACGGGUGGUACUUGGUGGUUGACUCGAGUAGUGACCCUGAUUCCACAAAGAUAGUUGAUGUCUGGGUUAGGUGGCUGGGAUGGUAAUGUAUCGUUAUACUGUUAAGGACAUUAGGACUUCUCCAAGAAGGCAGUUAGACUCAAUCUUCCUCUGAGGCCAGAACCACACCGAAGCUGUUUACCGGACUAGUAUAUACCGGUAUACCUGUCCCAUAGAGAGCCGGAAAGCGCACAAAGUUGAUGAUAAUGUCACAGCAAGCUCUCAACCACGCCAUACUCGUUAGCAGGAGAAACUCACGAGAGCCUAGCUUUUUCCAACAGGUAGAACAAUCGUCUCCACCCACCAUGGACUCUCAUCUAAAGACGGCAUGCAUGACACAAACAAUCAAGGCCCCGCACACAUCCCAGACGACUACGUGGGAAAUCCACAUUCUCUCACAAUCGAAUACCACGCUCCUUG